AUGAAGGUGCUGGUCCAUUACGAGGUCACCAAUGCCUCCCUGACCAAGUUCGACCUCGCUGCUGCCAACAACACCAUCCUCUAUUACAACCUUACCCUCAAUCUAACCCUUGAAAACCCUAGCACCGUGAAUUACAACUUCGACCGACUGGAGGCCGGGCUGGUUUUCAAGGGCCAAAACCUAUACGACAUGACCAAUAUUUCGAAGCCUUUCUACCUGGGGCACGAGACCAAUGUGACACUCCCGGUAGUGUUCACCGGGAACCACUCGGUGGCUCUCGGGGAUCAGGAGGCUUCUGAUUUCAGGAAGGCUGAUGCCUUUGAUAUUGCUGUGAAGAUUCACAGUGAGUAUUCGACUCGGACUGGGAAGACAUUUAAUAUUAAGCAGGAGGUGACAUGCACCUUGAAGGUCCCUUUGAAUUCCGAUGGAAAAAAUGCUGGUGAGAGAUUUCAGAUUACCAAAUGCGAUGUAACUAUGUUAAAUGCCUAG